CAUUAGACGUUAACGCUUCAUCAGAGUGCGAUUAGUUGUUGUUGGGUGAUUAGUUGAGGUCAUCAAUCACAUCAGAGUCGGUGGCGUAGGUGGAUCAUGCAGUGUUGCUCUUUGUGUUUUUGGUGAUAACAACGUUGAAAUAAAACAUAAUAGAUUUCGAGGAUGAUUUAUGGUUCAUGUGCGGAAAAUUGUGUGAAUUGAAAGAUUACAAGAAAACAUUGUGAUUGCUGUGAAUAUUUAACCGGAAAAAUAUAUUGUGCUUAUAAAUUGAACGACUAAAAAUACGGAUAUUAAUCGGGAGACAUGAUGUCCAGUGCUUUGCCCACCGAUCAUAUUAUGCGGCCGUCGCAGGAUAGCCCGAUCUCUAAACCGCGAGCGGUUUACAGCAUCGAUCAGAUUCUGGGCAACCAUCAUCAUUUGCGGACUACCAAUAACAACAGCAUCAGCAUAAACAACAACGAUCACGAUAAUUCCUUGAAGCGGGAAGAUUCCCCGGUGGAUUCGCACAAAAAUGGCGUAGACGUGGACAACGACGAUGAGAUGCCAAUUAUGGGCGAACUGGACGGCAUCGAUGGCGAUCCGAAUGAUAUGAACCGUCCGAGGAAGAUUCGACGAUCCCGGACAACGUUUACAACUUUUCAAUUGCAUCAACUGGAGCGAGCAUUCGAGAAAACCCAAUAUCCGGACGUGUUCACCCGGGAAGAGCUGGCUAUGCGACUGGAUUUGAGCGAAGCGAGAGUUCAGGUAUGGUUCCAAAACCGUCGUGCUAAGUGGCGCAAGCGCGAAAAGGCCAUGGGCAGGGACACAUCUGCCUUCCUCCAUCACGACCAAGGAAUGCCUGAAUUUCCGCUCGGUCUUCCGUUGCCGCAUCAGCUGACCCAUCCGAGCCUGCCGCCGGCGGAAUUCUGGUCGACAAACUUCGCCCUGCAUCCGACGCUCAUGCCGGGCUCGGGACACCCGCUGAUGCACCCGACCAUGAUGCCCAACUACAAGAUCCCUCACUUCCACUCGCUGCUCUCCCAGUACAUGGGACUGAACACUCUGUUCGGAGCGGCUGCUUACCCACAGAACCUCAGCAUCAACACCAGACUGAGUCCGCCCAACAGUCCCAAGGAGAGUCCGAAUGGGGGCGCCGCCGGGGGGAUUAACAACACCAGCAACUGUAGCAGUAGUAGCAGCAGCAGCAGUAGCAGUUCUAGCAGUAGCAAUCUCAGUGUCGGUAGCAAUAGUAUCAGCAACAGCAAAGAAAGCGUUGCGGAGAAAUAAUGUUGAGGUUAGGUAGUGAAUUGACUCGAGAUGAUGCAAUAUUUAUCGUUAACUUAUUGAGUGAGGUAAAGCGGCAGAUGUCGCAAACACUGUAAAUAUGCGAGUUUAAGGAAUGCGAUUCUAGAGUGCUGGAUUUUCCAGGCAAAGUAAACAAAUACAUUCAAUGUAGGGAUGUAAACAUCAUUGCAAAAUGUAAGCUGUAAAUGUGUUUUUUUAUUUGUUCUAGCUUUGGAGUACAACCGAGAUGUAAAUAGUUAUUUAACAAAAUAUUAGUGCAAAAUAAACAUCGAUAAUUGUA